AUGAAUAAUAAAGUAAAAGAAGUGAAAAAGGAAUUAAAAUCUCUGAAUGUGACUGAAAAGCCAAAGCUAAAUGUGUUGUGCAUGCAUGGCUAUCGGCAAAAUGCUGAGCAAUUUAAAAAUAAAAUUGGAUCAUUUCGCAAGUUUCUAAAACCUCAAGCAAAUUUUGAGUUUAUUAAUGCGCCGCACCAAGCAAAAGCUCUUGAAGAGGGAGGUGAAGUGAUUGAAGGGCAGUGUGGAUGGUGGUUUAACCAAGUAGACGGUACUUUCAACAUAGAGCAAGGUUUGGGUUUACAUGGUUUUGAUGAAAGUUUGAAAUGCCUUGAGGAAACGUGGCAGCAAGGGAAUUACGAUGGAAUUCUCGGCUUUAGUCAAGGAGGAAGUUUUCUUUCUGUCGUAUGUGCAAUGAGUCAGAAAUCUCUUACACCAAUCAAUCCCAAAUUCAUAAUCCUCGUCAGUGCAUUCAAAUCUGUUUCAUCUCAACACGAUUCAUUUUAUGAGGAAAAAAUUAAUAUUCCGUCACUUCAUGUGUCAGGAACGUCAGACCAAGUUAUACCUCACAGCAUGCAUUUGCUUUUAGAAGAAGCUUUUGUCGAUCCAGUAAUAUUUCAUCAUGAAAGUGGUCAUCACCUACCAGCAACUGUUGAUGAGAAACCAACGUACAAGAAGUUCUUCGAAGAACAGAUUAAAAGGCUUUAUCCGGAAAGUUUAAAGUGAAGACUUACAAGUAAGUAUUAUUGCAACAAACUCAUUCAGGAAUCAACUCAAGUUACAUGAAAGUGAAACCAUAGAAAAUAAUGCUUGCUUUAUGAACUUUGUGCAUUGCAUUUACAAUGUUUCCUAAUAGAUUAUGAUGAAUUUUCUUCAUCAUUGCAUUAAAAAAAAUUAUCUACAAUGAUAAAAAAUUCAUAAACCAAGCAAACUCUUCCUAAA